AAGCAGGCAGUACUGAUUACUGAAUCCUGAACUGAUGACAGAGUGACUUGUCUGAUUCAGAGAGAUUCUGCUGUUAAUUAGGAUCUCUGACACUGUUGCCAUCUGCUGAAACAUUCCCAAAAAUUUUAGCUACCUCGUACUGAAUGAACUGGAGUAUGUGUUUCUGUAAUUCUGUCUUUACAUGCAGGUUAUAAGUACAGUUUCAGGUUAACUUCGAGCAUCAGUAACGGGAAGAGAAGAGAGAAGCAAAUUUGUUCAGGCUGCUGAACAUAUAUAAAAGGACACUCUAGCUCUGCACUUUCAUGAAAAGAAGUUAAGAACAUCAUAUAUAUAAUCCUUUGCCUAAUUGACUAAUUAUAUAUCAGCAUAACACCUGUCCCACUACUUGUACAAAACCCUACUCUUCUCUUCUACCUCUUGCACAAGCACAAGAACACAAGAACUCGGAAAUGGAGCUGAACACCAGAAGCUUGCAGCAAUCUGGUAGCAGCAAGAGCAAGGGCAAGAUCAUGGCGAAGAUCGUCGAGGAGGAUGAAGAGGGGGAGGAGGAGGAGGAAGAAGAAGAAGAUAGCCUUAGCUCAGGUUGUCACUGCUUCUUGUGCGCCAUCAAGGAGCCUGAUGCUCGCCUCCGCCGCGCCAGCCUCGCCGCGUUCUUCCGGGAGUUGCCGUACUGUGAGGAUGACGAUGCCGGCGCCGGCGCCGGCGCCGGCGUUGAUGGCGGACGGUCAUGUGGUGAGGUGGUCGGCGCGGUGUGGAGGGCGGCCAUGGCGGCGCCCGACGACCCGGAGCUCCCGUCGCUCGGCGCGAUCCGGUGCAUGUCGCUGCUCCUCGCUCGCGCGCUCGCCGACGUGGAGUGGCGCCGCCGUGGCCGGAACGUGUACGUGCCGUACUACGCCGCACACGUCAUUGGCUCGUACACCAUCCGCUCCUCCGCGCACGCCGAGCUGGCCGUCGCGGCCGGCGCCGUGCGGCCGCUGCUUGCCUUCCUCGGCGGCGCCAUGACGUGGGUCGAGCAGCGCGCGGCGGCGCGUGCCCUGGGCCACCUCGCCAGCUACGACGCCACGUUCCCGGCCGUGGCACGGCACGCCGCCGAGGCGGUGCCGCUCGCCGUGCGCGCCGCGUCCACCUGCGUCGGCAACGUCUACGCGAGCUUCGUCGCGCUGGCGCCGAGCAAGCGGCCGAAGUACCAGCGCGAUCUCUUGACGCGCGGGCUCGACGGCGGCGGCGGCGGCGUGGUCGCCGACGGCGAGGAACGGAAGGCGGAGGAGUGGGCGAGCCAGCUCCAGUGCUGGUCACUCUACUUCCUGAGCUGCCUCGCCUCCAGGGACGUGUCAUCUCAUGCCACGAUAUGCCAUGACCCCGUCUUCUUGCGCGAGCUCUGCCAGAUGUGGGGUGGCCUCGCCAACGGCGACUCGCCGGCCGGCGUCGGGCUGCUCCGCCUUCUCUGCAGGAGCACAGCCGGACGCGCCGCCAUCGCCGCAUGCCGCGACGCGCUCUCCGGCCUCUGCGACCUCGCGCGGUCGUCCGACGACUGGCAGUACAUGGCCAUCGACUGCUUGCUCCUCCUCCUCGACGACCGUGAGACAUGGCACGCAGUCGCCGACGCCACGGCGGCGCGCCUCGUCGACCUGGCCGAGCUCCGGCACCUCGGCCCAAGGCGACGGCUCGGCAAUGCAAUAACAGCUGCACUGCUUCUUGACGACGGCGACGACGACGGCGACAUUGUCCAUGGCCGUGAGCUCGGCAUGGAAGCAAAGGAGGCGAUCGCCAGAUUGAGAGAAGUGCAGGUAGAGAGGAAAGGGAGAGAAGACGCCAUGUCUAGGGAUGAGCUGCUCAAGAGAAGGAUCAUGGCGAAGGAGAAGAAGAGGCAAGGCAACGACAUGUUCUGGCACGGCGAGGUGGAGAAGGCGAUCGAGCUGUACACCGAGGCGCUGGAGCUGUGCCCGCUGAGCAGGCGGCGUGAGCGGCUGGUGCUGCACAGCAACCGCGCCCAGUGCCGGCUCGCGCGGCGCGACGCCGACGCGGCGGUGGGCGACGCGACGCGCGCGCUGUCGCUCGCGCGGCCCGCGGCGAACGCGCACGCCAGGAGCCUGUGGCGCCGCGCGCAGGCGUACGACAUGAAGGGCAUGGCCAGGGAGAGCCUCCUGGACUGCCUGGCCUUCGCCGGCGCGUGGCUCAACCGGAAGGACGGGACGGCGGCGGCCGCGGCGGCGGCGUCGCGCGGCGGGAACCCGAAGCUGCCGUACUGCGUCGCGCGGAUGAUCAGUAAGCAGAUGGGCUUGACAGGUCUCUUCUCCGCCGUGGCGACGAACAGUAGCACCACCAAGGUAGAUAGAGAUGAUCGCAUGCCGCAUUACAGCGACGGCGACGGCGACGGCGGCGACAGCGACGACGAGGAAGACGACGACGACGACGAUCGUGAUGAAAGCGAGGAGGAGGAAUUUGCUGAGAAAGGAAUGAAGCUUUGUAGGCCAGGUAGUAAGGGUUUACCAAUCAUCACGGACGAGGCUUGGAGGAGAUUAGCUCGGAGGAAGAAGGCAACGAGCCGAGUGUUGUCUCAUGAUCAUCGAUUCUAGCUUGAUCCAUUGAAGAAAGACAAGUAGACAGAGACAGAUAGCUACAGUUCAUUGAUCAUUGGUCGGGAUGAAUGAUCAUGAUUCAGCAAUUCGAUCAGGGCUUAAUCGCAGACUUGUUGUCAUUAGCUAGAGCUGAUGUGAUGGGGGUAGUGGUUUAAUUUGAUGUUGACGCUGGCUUAGCUAUACUUUCUAGCUAGCCUUGCAUUUGUAGUUUCACUCACGUGAUCAAAUGAUGUUCCCAUUGAUAAUACUUCCGUAUCUGUGCUA